AUGCUGAAGAAUUCUAUCUCUAGCGGCUCAAAUGGAUCCGACCAAAGUUCCGCUCAGGGCUCAGGCUCAGGCUCAGGGUCUAGAUUAUUUCAAAAUUUGAAAAGAUUAGCAAACUCAAAUAGUUCAAGCUCAACAAAUCAAAUCACUACUAGUAUGAUUGGUAGUCCCAAAGCUAUACCGUCUACCUCUCCAAGUCGAGACGCGUCUUACCAACAUCAUCGUAAAUCAUCUUCAAGUUCCAGUAGAAGAUCGAAUGAUAUAACUAAUAAUACUAAUGGGACAUCAGAUUUCAAACAACCCUUGAGUAAAAAGACUACUUUAAAUACACAGAAUCUAGGACAAUAUAUGAACAGUAAUAAUAAUAAUAAUAAACCAAAGACUUUAAGUCCCGAUUCAGAUUCUUACCAUAGAAGGAAUCAAUCCAUACAAUCUUCUUCAAAAUACUCAUAUUCUCGUAGAUCAUCACAACUUUCAUCAAUGGAUAACAUUAAUAAUACAAACAUGAAUAUAAAUAGACUUUCUAGAGAACAUACUAAUCAAAGUUCUGCCGCAAGUAUAUUAUCACAAGGUUCAUUUGUUAAUUUAUCAAAAUUUGUUACUUCAGAUGGUAAGAUUCAUUUAGAGAUGCCAAGCGAUCCAUAUGAAGUAGAAACAUUAUUCGAAGAUAUUAUGUUAAAGAGAAACAUUUUACAAAAUUUACCACCUUUGAAACAAAAAGAAUUAAUGAGUUAUGAUAUUAAAAAAAAAUGGUUAAUAGUCAAGCAAGAUUUACAAAAUGAAUUUAAACGUAUGAAAUCAAAGAAACCUUCAACUACAUCUGAAGCUAUAUCAAUGAGUUCAAUACAGCCAAGUCAAUCAAGUUCUAUCGCGAUAGUAGAUAAAUCACCUACCUCCUUUGCACCUGACAGUAAUAGACUCACUAAAUUAAGAACAACUUCUACUAAAAAUCCAUUAGGAAAUGAAGCUUUGUAUCAACAGACGGAACGCAAUGUAAGCACAUCGUCAGUAGCAUCAGAUAAGACAAAUAGACCACCGAUAUAUUAUGUAAAGAAAAUAUUGGCAGAACAAUUAUCAAUAGAUGAAAUAAAUGAUUUGUGGGUUACAUUGAGAACGGAGCAACUUGAUUGGGUAGAUGCAUUUUUAGAACAUCAAGGUCAUAUUGCAAUGGCGAAUUCAUUAAUGAAUACAUUAUAUAGGACAGCACCUACUGAUCGGUUGACCGAAAAACUAUUAGAUAAAGAAAGUGCAUUUUUCAAAUGUUUUAGAGUAUUAAUAAUGUUAAGACAAGGUCUAGAUGAAUUUACUACACAUAACCUUAUGCCAGAUACUAUUGCAAGAGGUUUAUUUUCAACUAGAUUAAAUACAAAGAAAAUGGCCACCGAAAUAUUUGUGGUUAUCCUUCAAACGAAAAACAUUAGAAACUUUGAAGUUGUUCUUCAAUCAAUGGACCAAAAUUUUAAGAUAGAUCAAAAUGCCCAUAUGAUGUUAUAUUUCAAGAAAUAUCCACAAUAUUUUAGUCAUCUCGCAGCGGAUAGUCAAUUGAAAGUGAUUCAAGCUUGGCGAUUUGCCGUUGAACAAAGUCUGGAUGGACGUGGUAAGAUGGGAUCUAUGGUUGGGGCUUCAGAUGAAUAUAAGUUGGCAGGAGGCGAAAAUACUAUACUCGAAUAUUGUCAAUUGACGAUGAUCCUAAUUAACAAUAUUUGUAUGGGUUCUGAUAAUAUUGAACAACGUAUGCAUUUAAGAACAAAGCUCGAAAACUCUGGGUUUGUGAGAGUCAUUAGUAGAUUUAAAAUGUUCGAUUACGAUAAAAUCAUACAAGAGAUAGAAUCGUAUGAAAAUUAUAAACUAGACGAUUUCAAUACAAUGCUGGAAAGAAAUAAUAGUAAUACGGAUGUGAAUUUACAAGACCCUAUAUCUCUAUUAGGGAAUCUAUGGGAUUCUUGUAAAGGUACAGAUAACGAAAAGACUUUGGUAUCUCUAAUUCAACACAUUUUCUUAUCAAGUUCAAGAAUUAUUGAAAACAAAACAGAUACUACCCAACUUUCCAAACAAUUAAAAUUAAUGGAUUCGUUAAUUACGAAUAUAAGUGCAUCCACAUCGGAUGAAGAAUCUACAAUGAAUAUGGCUAUACAGAGAUUAUAUGAUUCUAUGCAAACAGAUGAAGUCGCUCGUCGUGCUAUUUUAGAAAGUAGAUCUUUAACCAAACAACUAGAAGAGUUACAAGCUGAGAAAGAAAUUUUAUCUGAAAAAUUAUCUAAGGCUGAAAAUGGUUUAGUAGGGCAAUUAGAAAAUGAUUUACAGGAACGUGAUAUUAUCUUAGCUAAGAAUCAGCGUGUUACUGUGCAGUUGCAGAACGAACUUGAAGAAUUAAAGAAGAAACAUUUGCUUGAGAAACACGAACAAGAGGUUGAAUUACGUAAAAUGCUAACGAUAAUGAAUUCCAGACCAGACAAUAAAAAGAAAAUUCAUCAUAAAGGAAGUAAAUCAGAUGCAGGAAGUGAACAUAAGAUGUUCAACGAAGAAAAACAAAGAAAUAUUCAAAGAGCCCUUCAGGAUGGUCUAAGACGUGCAAAUAAUGAUUACACGGCUGAUUCCAAGAAGUUUGGAAUGACUGUCCAGCCAAACAAGAGACUCAAAUACCUUAGAACAAAAAUGGAAAGUCUGGAAAAUGAAGCUCGAAAAUUAGAGAUGACCAAUUUUACAGAUUAUGAAAAAUCAAACCUGAAAGCACCUGUUGAAAUAAAAAAGAAACAUAAAUCUGCAAAACACAAACCAAGUUCUAAACUGCCUAAUUUUGGUAAAAAUGAUGAUAAUGAUGCUCAAAUUAAGAAAUUAAAUGAAUUGAGAAUGACCUUAGCACAGAUUCAAUCUGAAUCUAAUGAUAUAUCUAAAUUUAAUGUUGAGGAACGCGUUAAUGAAAUGUUUAAUGAUAAAAGACUACUAGCUCUCCAGAGAUUGAAAGAAUUAGAAACUAAGUAUAAAGAUUUUGGUAUCAAUUUUAAUGUUGAAGAUAUCUUAGGAAAGUCACCUGAUGAUGUUGGGAUUCAAAGUACUGAUAAGGAGAAAAAUCAAAAAGACUAUUCCAGUUUGGAUCCUAAGAUGUAUGAAAGUCAACUAGAUGAGAUUAAUAAGAUCACAGACGAGUUGAUAAGAAUGAAAAAUAAAUUAGAAGAACAAGAAAAAAAGAAGGACAGUGACGAAAGUUCAUCAAGCUCCGCUGAAUCUUCAGACUCUGAAACUGAAUCCUCCGUUAAUGAUAUGAAUUAUGAUACGUUUAGUCAAAAUUCAGAGAGAUCUACUGGCUCUGGAUCUUUCUUAGAAGUGCUAACUCAAAAAUAUGGUACUGGGGCUAGAGAGCUAACCCAUCAAGCAACUAGAAAUGAAAAGUCAUUUUUGAGCCGUGUAAGAAAAUCUUCUAUACCUGCACCUUACUUACAAGAACUGAACCAAAAAGUAAAUACAGCACCUGCUAUCGAAGAAGUCGAUAAGGCAACAGAUGAUAGUAAUUCCGAUGAUGAGCCUGACUACAACAAGACAUUCGAGCUUGGUGAUAGUGAUGAACAGUCUACAUCUGAUGAAGGAAAGCAAGAUAAAACACUUGAUGAAACAAAUACCGUUGCCGUUAGUAAAGCCAUCGGUGAUGCAUUCGAGAAACCUAUGGAGAGUAGAGAUGAGGACAAUAGGGUGUCUGAUGCUAAUGCAGUCUCAACAAUACCACCUCCGCCACCACCUCCGGCAGGCCUGUUUAAACUAGAUGGUCCCCCAUCUGGAAACUCCACUCCUCCUCCACCUCCUCCCCCACCCCCAAUGCCUGUAUCUAGUUCAACAUCUAUCAGCUCUAUGAGCCCUCCUCCGCCUCCACCAGCACCUCCGAUUCCUACACCGGGUUCCCUGAAACAAAAUGUUUCUUCCCCUCUUCUAACGCAAUCACCUUCAUUAUUUGAAAGAUAUCCUCGUCCUCAAAAGAAAUUAAAACAGUUACAUUGGGAAAAGAUAGAACCAGCUGAUAACUCUGUUUGGAAUGCUGGCAAAGCGGAACGAUUUGCUGACGAUUUAUACGAAAAGGGUGUUCUCUCCAAUCUGGAAAGAGCCUUUGCCGCUAGAGAGGUGAAAUCCAUUGCAUCUAAAAAGAAGGAAGAUAUGAACAAAAUUACAUUUUUAUCACGUGAUAUCUCUCAACAAUUUGGUAUUAACCUUCACAUGUAUAGCUCUCUCUCAGUUGAUGACCUGAUCUUGAAAGUAUUGAAAUGUGACAGGGAAUUUCUUAAUUACCCGAGUGUUCUUGAAUUUUUAUCAAAGACAGAAAUUAUUGAGGUGUCAAUCAACCUAGCUAAAAAUUAUGCGCCAUACACUACAGAAUGGGAAGGCAUUAGAAAAAUCGAGGACGCGAAAGCACCUGAUAAAGAUCCUAAUGAGUUACAAAGAGCUGAUCAGAUAUAUCUACAACUUAUGGUUAACCUUCAAUCAUACUGGGGUUCCCGUAUGAGGGCCUUAACAGUAGUGACAUCAUAUGAGAGGGAGUAUAGCGAACUAUUAGCAAAAUUAAGAAAAGUUGAUAAAGCGGUCGGUUCUUUGCAAGAUUCUGAGAAUAUUCAUAAUGUAUUUAAUGUUAUCUUAGCUGUCGGUAACUAUAUGAAUGAUACAUCCAAACAAGCGCAAGGUUUCAAAUUAACUACUCUUCAAAGAUUGACAUUCAUAAAAGAUUCUACAAAUAGUAUGACCUUCCUUAACUAUGUUGAAAAAAUUGUUAGAACUAAUUAUCCAUCUUUCAAUGAUUUCUUAAAGGAAUUAGAACCACUUACUGAUGUUGUGAAGGUGUCCAUAGAUCAAUUGAUCAAUGAUUGCCAAACAUUCGGGAAAUCGAUAGUUAAUGUACAAAGAUCCGUCGAGAUCGGUAAUUUAAGUGAUUCUUCAAAAUUCCACCCACAGGAUAGGGUUCUAGCUAAAGUUCUACCUGUUUUACAAGAAGCACGUAAAAAGGCUAAUCUAUUAGAAAAUGAGGUGAAGUUAACGAUGCUAGAAUUUUCGGGGUUGUUACAGAUUUAUGGAGAAGAUCCUGAGGACAAGUUUGCCAAAAAUUCAUUUUUCAGAAAGUUUGUUGACUUCAUAAAUGAAUAUAAAAAAGCUCAGAUUCAGAAUAUCAAGGGUGAAGAAGAAGAAAAAUUAUAUGAGAAACAUAAAAAGAUGGUUGAAGAUCAACAGAGAAAGCAACAACAGGAAGAGGAAAAAAGACGUAAAAGAAUAGAGGGUAAUGACGAUGGAAAGGAUGACAAUUCUGGCGAAGAUGACAGACGUGCUGUUAUGGAUAAGCUCCUAGAACAAUUAAAAAAUGUGAGACCUCAAAAAACUGAUCCUACAUCCGCUAGAAAGAGAGCUAUGGUAAGAAAGAAACUUACAUCUGAAAAAGAUAUAUAUGAUACUACCCAGGAUUUGGAGACAGACGAAGAAUCAUUGGUAUAUUCUCCUGAUAAUAGUGGUAUUACAAAAACACCUUUAGGAGUUAAUUCGCCUACCUCAUCUUUCAAUUCUGCUAAUAAGCAUCCGAUGUCGCCUUCGAAACAUUCAAGAUUAAGAAGUACGGAUUCUAGUAUCGAUGAAGAGGAGUCAGAAAUUCAUGAUAGAGCUACUACUCUUUUAAUGGAAUUAAGAGGAUCUUCGACGUUGUCUACAUCGUCCUCGCCAAAGAAAAACUCUUCAUUGGAUGAGCAUAAGGAAAGGUUACGUGCUCGCAGAAAGAAAUCAAACAAAAGUAUUGAUGGAAGUAAUAAAUUAAAAUUUUUCGAUACACAAGAAAAUUCUAUUCCUGAGGACUCAGAGGUUCUUCAAGAGGAUGGACAUGAAAAUGAACUUGAGACAUCUGUGAAACAGAAUACAACAGAUCUACAGGAAAAUAAAAUUUUGGAUGCUAACUCAAUUUCUGAAGAGGUUGGGCAAAAUGAUGAAGAGUUCGGCGAUCUGAACAACGGACAAUAG